AUGCCAGGGCGGAUUGCAGAGCAAGGCCAUUUUAUAUGUGGAGGUUUCAUUCGGGUCUCUAUUUUAAAAAACACACUGUCUUUGGCAGGAGAAAGACCAGUCUCAGAGGAACCAGAGCCAGGGACGUCCAAACCAGCAAGAAGACACCAGUGUUCCCACUGUGGAAAGGGUUGUAACCACUUAAAUGAGCUUAAACGACAUGAGAGAAUACACACAGGGGAGAAGCCUUACCACUGUUCCCAGUGUGGAAAGGGUUUUAACGAUUUGGGGAAGCUGGAACGACACGAGAGAAUACACAGAGGGGAGAAGCCUUACCACUGCUCCCAGUGUGGAAAGGGUUGUAAUGAUUUGGGGAAGCUGAAACGACACGAGAGAAUACACACGGGCGAAAAGCCUUACCACUGCUCCCAUUGUGGAAAGCUUUUUAACGAUUUGGGGAAGGUGAAACGACAUGAGAGAAUACACACAGGGGAGAAGCCAUACCAUUGCUCCCACUGUGGAAAGUGUUUCAACCAGUUAGGGACCCUGAAACAGCACAAGAUAAUACACACAGGGGAGAAUCGUUACCACUGCUCCCAGUGUGGAAAGGGUUUUCACGAUUUGGGGAAGCUGAAACGACAUGAGAGAAUACACACAGGGGAGAAGCCUUACCAAUGCUCGCAAUGUGAAAAGAUGUAUAGCGAGAAAGGACACCUGAAAGCCCAUGAGAAAAUUCACACAGGGGAGAAGCCUUACCAAUGCUCCCAGUGUGGAAAGUGUUUCACCUGGGCAGGGUAUCUGAAAAAACACGAAAGAAUACACACAGGGGAGAAGCCUUACCACUGCUCCCAGUGUGGCAAGUGUUUCAACGGGGCAGGGGAUCUGAAAAAACACGAAAGAAUACAUACAGGAGAGAAGCCUUACCACUGCUCCCGCUGUGUCAAGUGUUUUAACCAGUUAGGGGCCCUGAAACAGCACGAGAGAAUACACACAGGGGAGAAGCCUUACCUCUGCUCCCAGUGUGGCAAGUGUUUUAACCAGUUAGGGACCCUGAAACAGCACAAGAUAAUACACACAGGGGAGAUGCAUUACCACUCCUCCCAGGAUGCAAAGCUUUUGCCCAUUUCGGAAGCCUGAAAUAACAUGAGACACAGAGGAGAAGGCUUACAGAAGGUUAGAUUUUGGGAAAACAUAUUACUCAUAACAAUCACUUAAACGUCAUUAGAGAAUCCACACAGGAGAGAGAAAUUACUUCUCUUAGCAUGUAUAUUGAUAUUUCACAUCUCAUUGACUCACAAUUCACCAGAGAACAUACACAGUGCACCCGUUGUCUUAUAUUGUUGCCUUAUAAUGUGUUUACCUGUUUUUACCAGAUGAAAUUGCUUCUUCCAAUUAUUGAUAAACAUGUACCUGUUAAGAAACUGACUGUUAGAUAUGUUAAGGCUCCAUGGAUUGAUGAGGAAUUUAAAAACUAUGUUUGAAAGAGUUGGGGCAAAAGGAGUGGCUAAUAAGUAUGGCUGCACAUCUGGCUGACUCUCGUACUGCAAAUUGAGAAAUUAUGUGAACAAACUCAACAAAAAUAAUAAACUUAUUAUGAAGCCAAGAUCAAUGAUAUAAAGAAUGAUGUAAAAAAACACCAUGAAAGAAAAGCAGUGCAAGUUUUGAAUUUUGUAAAGUUAGUGUGGGAGAGGUGGAAAAAUUGUUAUUGAUCAAUAAUGACAAACCUCCUGGCAUUGACAACUUAGAUGGAAAGCUACUGAGGACAGUAGCUGACUAUAGCCACUCCUAUCUGUCAUAUUUUUAACAUGAGCCUAGAGCAAAGUCUUUGUUUUCAGGCCUGGAGGGAAGCCAAAUUAAUCCACUACCUAGUCAUGUAAGACUGGAAGUAAGACUGGAACAUAGUAUCAACAGGAACUCUUAGUUCCCUUUAUCCAUCUGUUACCUAAAAUAUAGUUUCAACACACAGACAUCUGACUUUGUACAGUUGACCUUUUCAUGCACUUGCAAGGUGUCUACCACUGAUUCUCAAGCUAAGCAAAACAUGAAUCAUUGUACUUUUGUCAUCACAGGUGUUCCUAUAAUGUACAGAUAUCAUCAAAGUUCUUACAAGUCAAAUUACACACAUCUCUGACACACACACUUAACCCACCAGACAUGCCACUGGGGGUCUUUUCACAGUUCACAAGAUUCCAGAACAAAUUCAAGAAAGCGUACAGUAUUAUAUAGGGCCCUUAUUGCAUGGAACUUCCUUCCAUCUCAUAUUGCUCAAAUAAACAGCAAACUUGGUUUCAAAAAACAGAUAAAGCAACACCUCUCCCCUAUUUGACCUAGGUAGUUUGUGUGUAUGCAUUGAUUUGGAGGCUACGUGUGCCUUUUACAAAAUGUAUGUAGUUCUGUCCUUGAGCUGUUCUUGUCUAUUGAUGUUCUGUAUUAUUGUCACACCAUAGAGAGGCUUUUUAUUCUCUAUUUUGGUUAGGCCAGGGUGUGACUCGGUUGAGAAUUCCAGUUUCUUUAUUUCUAUGUUUUCUAUUUCUUUGUUUUUGGCAGAGUGUGGUUCCCAAUCGGAGGCAGCUGUCUAUCGUUGUCUCUAAUUGUGAAUCAUACUUAGGCAGACUUUUUCCACCUGUGUUUUUUGGGUAGUUGUUUUCUGUAUAGUUGAUUUGCCUUACAGAACUGUUCAUUCUUCUCUUUGUUAUUUUGUUCUAAUGUUUUUUGAUUAAAUAAAAAUCAUGAACACUUA